GGGUGGCGGAUUUUCCCUCAGCAGGUUCGGGAAAGCCCCGGCCGAAUGGAGAAGAAGGGGGACAGGUGGGGAAAGGCCGGGCCCUGCUGGGGAGAGCCUGGCCGGCCCGGGGCUGGAUGAGCCGGUUGAGAGCCGAGCCACGCUGGGCUGGGCCGGGACGGGCCAGGGGGCCCCGACAAUGGUCAAGGGCAGUUUCUGGGCCCCGCUGCUCCUCUGCCUCCUGCAGCCAACACCAGGGAGAUCAAAGUUGGCCCGGCCACAGAACGUAACGAUGCUUUCCCAAAACUUCAGGGUAUACCUGACAUGGCGUCCAGGACCCAACUAUCCCCUGAAUGUGACUUAUGUGGUAAAGUAUCAAAGCUUUGAAAAUGAGCGCUGGAGGAAGGUCAAACAUUGUAUGGGGAUUGCCUCACAGGAGUGUGAUCUCACCUGCCUGAGGAAUCAAGGUCUACACAUCAAAUAUAAGGGGCGUGUUAGGGCAGUGGCCCAUGGGACCUAUUCCCUAUGGGCAGAAUCCCCCACCUACCUGGAUUAUCUCUUUGAUGUGGAACCAGCCCCGCCCAAUCUGACCUGGAUACGGACCCAGAAGACUGUAAGCAUCAAUGCCACCUAUGAGUUGCCCCACUGUGUCGGCUUGCUGAACCUGAAAUACGAGGUGGAAUUCUGGAAGGAGGGGAGCCCGAACAAGACCCGGUCGCAGGCCACACUCCAUGGGACAGAGGUGAAGAUCCCUAUCUCCCCAGCUUCUACUGGGUGCUACUGCCUGAGUGCACGGACUAUCUAUCUAUUAAUCACCCCCAAGUACAGCAAGUUCUCUCAACCAGUCUGUUUCCUGCUGGGGACCCCAGGAACCCAGGUGAUAAUGCUGGCCCCAGUGCUGCUUCUCCUAGCUAUUAUCAUUCUGUCUUGUAUGUACUGCCUGAAGAACAUCUAUUCCCAGCAGGCAAAGAGGCCUCAGAGCCUGGACUUUUCUUCAUACAAAUGCCCUGUGAAAACUUUGGAACUGAACAGGCAAGAGUCUUUCAGGGACUUGUACAUCUUUCCUAAGACUAGUUUGAGGCAAGGAAGAAGAGCAUACACAGAAUCCAGUAACCCAGGCAUCACACAACCAUCAAAAAUGGAGGACUGUGAGACUGAGAAGAGUGAAGAUAGAGAAUAUGAGGAUACAGAUGACAGUGGAACCUUUGAACCUUAUCUUGGAAUUCCUCCCUUAAAGGGCCUGGUGACUGGAAUGGAGGACGCAGAGACAAACUCACAGAGUUUGGAGUCUACAGGGUCCCUGAUACGUCAACUGGGGUAUGGUUUCUCCCCAGUUAUGGACACUUUAGACAGUGGAAAUGUGUUUGACUCUUUCUGGGGAGAAUCAGGCACCACUAGCUGUUUGAUCAAGGAUGGCAUCUGUGGGGAUGGCCUAUCUCUGCCAUCACCCAUGUUCUUGAAGAAGUCAAAAGGUGUAGAAGAGCCUUCAGAAGACAAUUUGUCUUCCAGGGCCUCCCCAGUGCCCUUGAACCCCUCCUCACCUGGGCUGAUCGUCCCUGAGGAACCCCUGGCUUCUCUGAGGACAUUGAUAAUAACUAUGGACAGGUCUGAGGAAGAAGGGGAUUGGUUUAUGGAAGGAGAAGAAGAGGAAGAGGAGGAGGAGGAAAUGGACAAUGUCAGUGAGGUGGAGGGCCUUUGGAGUGAGUACUCCAAGAGGCCUAAGGUCACAGAUUACCAGCACAUACACUAUAGGCUUCACUGAGUCAGUCACCACUCUCUCUAGUUCCCAAAAAACCUCUCUCAGUCUAACUGCUUCAGGAUUCUCUCAGCUUCAACCAGUCCUGAGGGGGCCACUGAAUACUUCCAGUUACUUCAAAGAUGAACUCUUCAGUAUUUGUGGGAUAACCAGACUGCUUUUGGAACCCACCCUGGAAAAAUGAUUUUUCAGUUGCAUUGAGCGGGAAGGUAACCGUCCAAAUGGACCUAAGUUCAAAUCCCAACAAUGCCGCCAACUGGCUGUAUGUCCUUGGCAAGACCUCUGUAGGCCUCAAUUUUCUCAUUUGUGAAAUGAGAGGGGUUGGACUUGAUGAUCUCUAAGGUCCUUUCCAGCUUUAAGUCUAAGAGCUAUGAUAUGAUCUGGGUGCUCAGGAUUUACAGUUGAAAGGAAACUUCUGUGACCACUUAGUCCAGUCUUCUCAUUUGACAGAGAAGGAAACUGAGGGUCACAGAAACCUCACGUUGUAGAGAAAAGAGAUCUGGACUUGGAAUCAGAACACCAAAGUUCCAGUCACCAGGCAUUUGUAGCUGACUAGUGUGAGGUCCUAGGCAGAUCACCCUUUGAUCCUCAGCUUCCUUAUCAGCAGAAUUCAAUUUAAUCCAACAAAUUGUCAAGGGUUUACUUUUUUUAUUGUUGUUCCAAAGUACUGUGCUAGGUACCAGAGAUACAAAAAGGAAAAUUUCAUACCUCAAAAAGUUUCUAUUCUGAUGGGGGAUACAUACAACACAUAUGGCAAGCAUGGUCAUGCUCAUGGUAGGUGGAACCUGAGUUGUGCUUUGGAGGAAUCUAAGAAUUCUAAGAGACUGAGGAAGGAUCAUGGCAGCAGUGAAGACCAUUUACCACUGGAGCACAGGCCACAUCAGAAUGACUUUUGCACUAUUAACAUAGUGAGGAACAUGCUUUGUAAACCUUGAAUGCCCUAUGGAAAUGUGAGGAGCUCUUAGUGCUCUUGGGGGAUUUUUGUUUGUUAACUUUUAUUUUUAAAUACAUAUAAUUAUUAUUUAUUAUUCA